AUGAGGGGCCUACAGAGGGGACAAUUCAUGAUGAGACAAACUGUUAUGGAGGCGAUGGGACAAUUUGUGAUGAGCCCAGAGCAAACUGUUAUGGAGGCGAUGGGACAAUUUGUGAUGAGCCCAGAGCAAACUGUUAUGGAGGCGAGGGGACAAUUCAUGAGCCCAGAGCAAACUGUUAUGGAGGCGAGGGGACAAUUCAUGAGCCCAGAGCAAACUGUUAUGGAGGCGAGGGGACAAUUCAUGAGCCCAGAGCAAACGGUGAAAACAAGAGCAAGAAUCCCACACUACCUCAACCGCAACAACAAGAAUACCACACCACCUCAACAGCAGGAACAGGAAUACCACACCACCUCCACAGCAGGAACAGGAACCCCACAACACCUCAACAGCAGGACCAGGAACCCUACACCACCUCCACAGCAGGAACAGGAAUCCCAACACUACCUCCGCAACAGGAACAGGAAUCCCAACACUACCUCCACAACAGGAACAGGAAUCCCACACUACCUCAACAGCAGGAACAGGAACCCCACACCACCUCCACACAGGAACAGGAAUCCCAACACUACCUCCACAACAGGAACAGGAAUCCCAACACUACCUCCACAGCAGGAACAGGAAUCCCACACUUCCUCCACAGCAGGAACAAGAAUCCCAACACUACCUCCACAGCAGGAACAGAAAUCCCACACUACCUCCACAGCAGGAACAGAAAUCCCAACACUACCUCCACAACAGGAACAGGAAUCCCAACACUACCUCCACAGCAGGAACAGGAAUCCCACACCACCUCAACAGCAGGAAACAGAAAUCCCAACACUACCUCCACAACAGGAACAGGAAUCCCAACACCACCUCAACAGCAGGAACAGGAAUCCCACACCACAUCCACAGCAGGAACAGGAAUCCCAACACUACCUCAACAGCAGGAACAGGAAUCCCACACCACCUCAACAGCAGGAACAGGAAUCCCAACACUACCUCCACAGCAGGAACAGGAAUCACAACACUACCUCAACAGCAGGAACAGGAACCACAACACUACCUCCACAGCAGAAACAGGAAUCCCACACCACCUCAACAGCAGGAACAGGAAUCCCAACACUAACUCCACACAGGAACAAGAAUCCCAACACUAACCCCACAGCAAGAGCAAGAAUCCAAACACUACUUCCACAGCAGGAACAAGAAUCCCAACACUACCUCCACAGCAGGAACAGGAAUCCCACACCACCUCAACAGCAGGAACAAGAAUCCCAACACUACCUCCACAGCAGGAACAAGAAUCCCAACACUAACUCAACAGGAAGAGCAAGAAUCCCACACUACCUCCACAGCAAGAACAAGAAUCCCAACACUACCUCCACAGCAGGAACAGGAAUCCCACACCACCUCCACAGCAAUAACAGAAAUCCCAACACCAACUCCACAGCAGGAACAGGAAUCCCACACUACCUCCACAGCAGGAACAGAAAUCCCAACACUAACUCCACAGCAGGAACAGGAAUCCCAACACUACCUCCACAGCAGGAACAGGAAUCCCACACCACCUCCACAGCAAUAACAGAAAUCCCAACACUAACUCCACAGCAGGAACAGGAAUCCCACACCACCUCCACAGCAGGAACAGGAAUCCCACACUACCUCCACAGCAAUAACAGAAAUCCCAACACUAACUCCACAACAGGAACAGGAAUCCCACACCGCCUCCACAGCAGGAACAGAAAUCCCAACACAAACUCCACAGCAGGAACAGGAAUCCCACACUACCUCAACAGCAGGAACAGAAAUCCCAACACUACCUUCACAGCAGGAACAGGAAUCCAAACACUACCUCCACAGCAGGAACAGGAAUCCCAACACCACCUCAACAACAGGAACAGGAAUCCCAACACUACCUCCACAGCAGGAACAGGAAUCCCACUAAAUCGAUAUAGGUCUAUUGCCCUACUCUUAUAUGCAUCUGGCCAAAACCCGAAACAUAUAUAUAUAUAG